ACACUAAAUAAACCAACAAAAGUUCCCAAAUGGACACACAAUGGAGAUGGAGAGACAAAAAACUAUAUCCAGCCUUUGGCAUUUUCACAAUUUUUUUUCUUUUGUAUUUGAGUUUCAAUGACAAUUUUAAUUUUAAUUUCAAUUUCCCACAAAUCUUUGUAACACAACCUUAUAUGGGUUUUGUUGGGGUUAAUGAAACUAGAUUUUUCAUCAAGAAUGAAAAUCCAAAGACUCAAUCUUUAUCAUUUAAAGAUUUGUAUAUUAAUGGUUGGAAUUCUUAUUGGUUAAUGGAGGAAAGUGUUUGGGUAUCUUCAAGAUUUAGGGUUUCUAAGAUGUUGAAAAGAGGAGCUGAAAUGGGGUUAAGUGUUUGUAGGACUUGGGCUUUUAGUGAUGGUGGUGGACCUAAUGAUCUUCAGCUACUUCCAGGAGUCUUCAAUGAAAGAGUCUUUAAGGGAUUAGAUUUUGUCAUUGUUGAGGCAAGGAAGCAUAACAUUCGAUUAAUCCUCAGUCUUGUAAACAAUUUAAAAGCAUAUGGUGGCACUGCUCAAUAUAUGAGGUGGGCGCGAGAAGCUGGUACCAAUGUGUCAUCAUCAAGAGAUGCAUUCUUUACCAAUCCAACGGUCAAAGCAUACUACAAGUCUUUUGUCAAGGCAAUUGUGACAAGAAAAAACUCUUUAAGUGGAGUUAAAUAUUCAGAAGAACCGGCUAUAUUUGCGUGGGAACUCAUAAAUGAGCCUCGUUGUGAAUCCAGUUCAUCAGCUGCUGCUCUGCAGGUGUGGAUAGCAGAGAUGGCUGGAUUUGUCAAAAGUUUGGAUCAGAAGCAUCUCGUGACCAUUGGACUAGAGGGCUUUUAUGGUGCGGAGAAAACUGAAAACGUUGGAUUGAACCCAGGGAAAUGGGCUGAAUCACUUGGAGUGGACUUCAUUGAGAACUCGGCUAUUGAAAACAUUGAUUUUACUUCCGUUCAUGCAUACCCCCACAGUUGGAUCAAAGGUGGUAUAAAUUCAGAUGCGAGAUUAGAUUUUCUAUCUCAUUGGGUUGAUUCUCACAUUAGUGAAGCUGAAAAGAUCCUUAAGAAGCCUGUUCUCUUCACAGAAGUUGGUUUUCCUUCGAGUAUACAAAAGAAUGGAUUAUACGACAGAAAUAUUUUUCUAAAAAUAGUUUAUGAAAAGAUUUACGAGUCAGCAAAGAAGAAGAAAGCUGGUGCAGGAGCCUUGGUUUGGCAGCUAUUAGUGGAAGGAAUGGAACGAUAUGGUGACCAGUUCUCGUUUAUUGCCUGGAAGCAUCCCUCUACCUAUAAACUGAUGGUAGAACAAUCCUGCAGGCUACUCAACAUAUCUUCUCAAGGCCUCACAGACAAAAAACUCAAUCAAAAGAAUCAUUGUUCAGCUAAUGCAUCUUAAAUAUGAAAUGUUUCCUAUUCAUUCAUCUUCCUCGAGAAGACGGACAUUAUAGGAGAAACAAUGUAAUGUACUUCGGCUGAACAUCUUCCAGAUCUUAGAAAUGAGCCAAACAGAGAGUUUGGAGUGAUUUGAAGUUGUGAUAUUGCUCGAGGACAUGUAAGAAGCUUCAGCUCAAUGAGUGCAAGAACCAGAUUUUUUUCUUUAGUACAGGCGUGAAUUCGAAAUUCUGUUGGUGUAUAUUUAUAAUCUCAGUUGUACAUAUACAUUACAAUUACAAGAGUAAUAGCAAUGUGAGUGGUUUGUUCA